GCUCGGAAUCAGUCGCAAGUUUUUAUCAUGGUGUCUGUGACCUUGUAUUGUUGAUAUGUAAUUUUACCGGUACUCAAGUUUCUGAUGGUCCAUUUCUGAUCUGUGUUGGUGUUUUCGCGCUGGCUGUCACAGAAAUUCGGAUCGUGAAUGACUCUGUUUGUCUCACCGCCUCUGUUUAUCUCACCGUUGUGAAUUAAAUCGACACUACCAUGUCUGCGAAACGAGCACACAAGAAAAGUAUACGAGUGAAAAUAAUAAGCAUGGGUAAUGCUGAAGUUGGCAAGAGUUGUAUUAUAAAGAGAGUGCCUAUUAGAGACAAAGAAGUCAAAAUAAAUAUAUUUGACAUGGCUGGACAUCCAAUAUUUUAUGAGGUGCGAAAUGAAUUUUACCGAGAUACACAGGGUGCAAUAUUAGUCUAUGAUGUCAACAGUAGAGAGAGUUUUGAAGCAUUGGAUCUAUGGUUAUCUGAAAUGAAACAAGAUAUUGGUGAUAUCACUGAACUAGACAAGGUUGUCUUCUGUGUUUGUGCGAAUAAAAUUGAUAGACGAACCAACAGAGUUAUAGAUGAAACAGAAGGUAGACUCUGGGCUGAUAGUAAAGGCUUCCAUUAUUUUGAGACAUCAGCACAGAGUGGAGAAGGCGUCAGUGAAAUGUUUCAGACAUUAUUCAAUGGUGUUGUAAAGGCAUUUGAAAAUGGUGGGAAAGUUGAGAGAAUUGCAACAACACUAGGUUACACUAAAGAUCAAGUCGAGGCAAUACAGAGGUUGAAAAAUAGUAAAGACAAUUACGAAAGGCUUGGACUAAUGCCAGGUGCAUCAAAGGAUGACAUCAAUAAAGCUUACAGGAAGCUGGCUGUACUCUUACAUCCUGACAAGAAUGUGGCUCCAGGAAGUGAAGAAGCAUUUAAAAUUCUUGUUAGUGCUAGAACGGAACUACUAAAACAGAGAUAG